AUGAAUGAGAGACAUAGGUCUAGCGAUGGUAAUGGGGUGCUCAACACAUUGAACCCUCAAAGGUUUACUUCGCAGAUACUGGCACCUACGACAAAUGUUCAUAAGAAGGGAGGUUCCGGAGGAGGUUCAGCUUCCGCAUUGACGAAUAUGAUAAACCAGAGUAUUGCACGUAAUACACGGGGGUCUAUUGUGAGAGUUGGGGAUGGAAGGAAGUCUCUUAGAAGAAGCUUGAGGUCAUCCCAACGCGCAUCGAUGCUGCCAGGGUCGGGGCCGGGAUCCUAUCAUGCUAUACAAACGAUUAGAGAUCCCAGGCCUCUUCGUGAUAAAAACUAUCAGUCGGUAUUACACCAAGAUAUAUUUGAUUACUUGCAGACACAGAAGUUUGAUCUGGAAACGGGGCAUUCGAUAUCGUUGAAGUCUUUAAAACAGCCUACUCAGAAGGAUUUUAUUUACAUUUUUCGAUGGCUGUAUCAAAGGCUUGACCCUGGGUAUGCUUUCAAGCGCUCGUUAGAGAGUGAGGUUUAUUCUAUCUUGAAGACGAUUCACUAUCCUUACUUGGACACGAUUAACAAGUCGCAAAUAUCUGCUGUGGGAGGUUCCAAUUGGCACAAGUUCCUAGGAAUGCUACAUUGGCUUGUAAACACCAAUAAAAGAUUAGAUUCGUGUCUUCAAAAGCUGGAUGAGUCUAAGACCACGCAGGUGACUCAGGAUAUAACGGUUUUAAAUCAACCAGUGUCUACAUUGGAUGAACAAGAUGAGAAACAUGAACAGUAUGAACUGAUGGUUGAAAGAUUAUUUAUCGAUUAUAUUUCGAAGUGCUAUAAGUCGUUCAUUAACAUGGAGGAUGAUUUCUCACCUUUUAAGGAGGAGUUGGAAAUAGGUUUCGAUAGAUUUGUUCACAUCAUACAGACUGAUAUCGAGAACAUGGUACGUCAUGAGAAAAUUUUAAAGCAGGACUGUGAGGCUUCCGAGGCUAGGUGCGAAGCACUAAGGCUUGCAAGGCACAAGAAAAAGGCAUUGGAAAGUGACUUGACCAAAUUUCAGAGCUAUAUAAACGCUAUGAAGCACAAAGCUGGGGAUUGGCCGCGGAAGCUCAGACAGAUGGAAACGGAUAUCAAACAGAAAAAACAGUUAAUAAAGGAAACUCAAUUAGAGAUUGACGAUCUCCGUAAGAAACUAACUCCGCAGGAUUUAGAAAAGAUAGAUGAGAUGAACGAGCAGCGUGAUUUGUUAUCCAAGAGUUUGGACAGUGUGAAUUCUAAACUUGAUACGUUGACUGGUUCUGUAAAGAGCCAAAAAGUAAAUGUUGAAUCUAGCUAUAAAGUAUUUCUGGACACACUAGAAAAAUAUAAGAUGUCUAUUAAUGGGUUUGUAUUGGCACGGAAUAGUCUAGGACACAAAAUUAAUAUCAAUACGUUGUCAAUUCAUGUGUCUACUAAUAUGGUAUUAAAUGACCACACUGAGACCACACCGAAGACUGUUUUGGUUGAUCGUGAAAAUAUCUCUGAAUCUAUCAAGCCAAUCUUGUUGUCUUUAAAUAAUGAAAUAUUUUCGCGAGCCGAGUCGUUACAGUGGGAAAACAGUGAGCUAGAGCUGGAAUUGCAUAGUCUACGAGAUGAAAUUACUUCGAAGAAUAAGCUAUUAGACUCGAUGGAACAAGAACUAUCGAAUAUAAAAUCUGAAUAUGAAGAAUACCAGCAGGUGAGCCAUAGCAAAUUGCUCUCCCAGAGAAUCGAGAUUGAGAAGCUUGAGCGUAAGAUACAAAAUGACAGACAUAAGACGCAACAAAGAGUGUCUCAAGCAGAACAAGAAGUUGAAGAGGCGAAAUUUAAACUAAAGGAACUCAAACUAAAUAUUCAGCAAGAGAAACUUCUUUUGCACAAGAAGGUUAUUAAAUUAAUUGAAUAUGUGGUUAACUUUAAAAUGGGAGUUCAAGGCUCAAUCGAGGGGUUACAUGAACUGACUGAAACACAAUUAAAUGGAUUAUAG